UGCAACUCCGUUUUAAGAUUUACAGAAAAUAAUUUACUUUCCAAAAUUGAAUGCAUGGCUUCGUGUAGCUCUAGCAAAUCUUUUAAAUUAGAAUACACAAUUGUAAAAUGGUCCAGUUAUUCACAGAGUUACCCUCCAGAGAAUAUUUACUCAGAUAAAGCUGGUGAUCAGUCAUCAAGAUGGUCAUCUGACUCUAAUAAUCCUCCUCAGUAUCUUAUUUUGAAAUUGGAAAAACCAGCGAUAGUGGAAUCCAUCACUUUUGGAAAAUAUGAAAAAACUCAUGUAUGUAAUUUAAAAAAGUUUAAGAUAUUUGGUGGUUUGUCAGAAGAUCAUAUGAUAGAACUUUUAGAAAGCGGCCUGAAAAAUGACCACAUACCUGAAACUUUUCAACUUAGAAAUGAAAUAGAUAAUCAUCAUUUUCCUUGUAGAUAUAUAAAAAUAGUACCUACGCAGGCGUGGGGUCCAAGUUUUAAUUUUAGUAUUUGGUAUGUUGAAUUGAAAGGUGUAAAUGAUUGGGAAUCUGUUAAAACUUGUAUGAACUGGUAUCACACAUAUAGGGAAAGAGAGGCAAUAAGAUUAUGUUUAAAACAUUUUCGACAACGGCAGUAUUUAGAAGCAUAUGAUGCUCUUCAAAAGAAAACAAAAAUAGUUUUAGAACAUCCAGUUCUAACAGAAUUACACAACUUAUUAGUAACUAAAGGUCAUUAUGAUGACUGUGAACAGCUUGUUUCUAAGGCAUGUCAAGAGGGAUUAUUUGACCAAUAUGUUAGUCAACAAGAUUACGUACCUGUAUGGAACUCAAUAGAACCUGUCAGUAAAAAUAAUGUAGGUAAUGAAUGUAGACCAGGUAUGAGGGGAGGACAUCAAAUGUGUAUAGAUAUACAUACAGAGAUAAUAUAUUUGUUUGGUGGCUGGGACGGUAAUCACGAUCUAGCAGAUUUAUGGGCCUAUCAUGUUCCCUCCAAAAAUUGGACCUGUUUGUCUCGAAAUACUGAAGAAGAGGGUGGUCCUAGUGCUCGUUCUUGUCAUAAAAUGUGCCUAGAUUAUGAAAGGAAACAGAUUUUUACUCUUGGAAGAUAUUUAGAUGCCUCUAUGAGAGCUAGUGAAAAUUUAAAGUGUGAUUUCUACAUGUAUGAUAUUGGUUCAGCAAGAUGGACGUUAAUAACAGAAGAUACAGGAUCUGUUGAUGGACCUAAACUAAUAUUUGAUCAUCAAAUGGUCAUUGACAUAGAAAAACAGAAUAUGUUUGUAUUUGGUGGCAGGAUUCUCUCCAGUUCUGGAAGUGAUAGUGAAAGAUCUAGUCAUGAACCUGUAUUUAGUGGUUUAUAUUACUAUCAUAUACCAACCAGUACUUGGACACAAUUAAUGGAAGAUUGUAAAGAAUUACGAUCGCGUAUAGGACACUCCAUGCUGUUUCACCCGGUCCGAAGGGUAUUAUAUAUAUUUGCUGGUCAGAGAUCUCGAGAGUUUUUAAAUGAUUUUUUAAUCUAUAAUGUAGAUACAGGUUCUAUAGAUGUUAUAUCUGAUACGAAACGGGAAGGUUGUCAGGCAGGAUUUACUCAGAGAGCUACAUUAGAUCCAGAAUUAAAUGAAAUUCAUGUUUUAUCUGGUUUAAGUAGAGAUAAAGAUAAAAGAGAUAAUGUAAAGAAUUCUUUCUGGGUUUAUGAUAUCAACAAAAAUAGAUGGUCCUGUAUUUAUAAGAAUGAAAAUACAGGUCAGAAUUAUUGGACGAAGAUGCAGCAUGUUGAACCUGUCCCUAGAUUUGCUCAUCAACUUGUUUAUGAUCAUGUCAGAAAGGUACAUUAUUUAUUUGGAGGUAAUCCUGGUAAAGAUAGUUUACCUAAAAUGAGAUUAGAUGAUUUUUGGUCAUUAAAGUUAUGUCGCCCGUCAACAAACCAUUUAUUACGUAAAUGUCGUUAUCUCAUACGAAAGUUUAGAUUUAAAGAAAUGGCCUUGACGGAUCCGAGAGAGGCUAUGGUGUAUCUACAAACAAAGUUAGCUCAAACAGUUGAUCAUGAUGAUACAGAUGAAGAAAAAGAGUUUCAGUUACUGGCUACUACUUUAUUUAAAGAUACAUUAGGUGAUGAUGAACGAAUGGGAGAAGUGGAUACUGACAAUGAUGAAAGGUUUCAAAGUCGUACAGAUUUAUUUGACAUGUUGGUGAAUUAUUUUCCUGAUCAUAUGACCCAACCUAAAGGCAACCUAGUGGAUCUCAUACCUUUAGAUUAGUAAAGCAACAUCAACAACAAGUUUAUAUUUACAUACUUUGAACAAUGUUAUCUGAAAUCACAAAGUAAUGAAGUCAUUUAAAAAGUUGUGCAUUUAUAAUAAAAUAUAUGAUGAAACUGACCUAAUAUUGAAAUAUCAGAUUUAGGUGAUUUCAAGAUAUUAUAUCAUCAAUUUAAAUUUAUACAAACAUUUAGUUCUGUUUUAUUUAUUGAUUGUUUACUUCACUACAUCUUGGUCUUAAGACAUUUCUUCAAGGGCAAGGGCUGUAAUGGGCAGACUCCAGAUCAGCCUCCAGAUCAGCCUAACAAUCAAAACCCAUGGUACAGAAUUUCGUUUAAAUCUCUCGUAGGCUUUUGUUAUUUAGGCAAUUGAUUUGCUGUCAGAGUGAAAAGUAUUGUCAUGCUCUCAUAAAAGGCCCAGAAUUCAUUUUUCUUUUAACAUAUCUUUAGAUGUUUCUGGAAUGGCCGAGGGUAUAGAAGACAUGCAAAAAACACAACAUUUUGUUGUAAUUAGGUUGGAUAUUACACACCUUUAACUAGGUACUGCCUCAUUCUAGUGGUAUAUAUUCAAGUUCUUAUCUUUUUGUUAUAAGAGAAGAUAUACAGAAAAAUACAUUAAUAACCUGUAACGUUAUUGAUGAUUGGGCUUUCAUGUAUAGUAUUAUAUUGUUUUAUAAUAAAACGUAUAUGUUAAUUUACUUAUGGUAGUCAUUAUUAAAAUCUAUAGUUGUAAUUAUAGAAAUCGAAACUUGUUUCACAAUCAAUUGCCAAUGAUUAACAAAUCUUGUGUAUGCAUUUGGUGGAAAAGGAGUAUUAAAGUACAUUUCUUCCAAAUGCUUCCUCUCAAACUACUUAAAAGUUACAAUUUCAUAUUUUCUAAGAAAGUCAAAACAUAAUUAUUUCUAUGUCUUUUGCUCAAUAGGUUGUCAACUCACUAUUAUACGAUCAUAGGUGCCAUUCUCACGCCUAAAACUCAUUUACACCGGAAAUAAUAACACAAUUACCUCCCUUGUUUUCUAUUCUCCACCAUGGAGUAGUUAUCUUCAAAUGUUGGAAUUUGAAGAUGAAAAUGAUAUUUUUGCCAAUUUCUCAACUGGCAAUAGUGAAUUAUAGGAUUAAUAGGAUCAUUCUUUAACAAGGUAGGACUGUUAAUAGAUACCAUCUAUUUUAAGGCUUUAUUUUAAUAAAUUUUAAAAAAAUAACUUAAAAAUAUGAAAUUGCAACUUUAAAUUGUUCAUGUCUCUGUCUUUAUCAUUCAUGAAAUAUUUAUUGUCAAUGUGAACACAAAGAGGGAAAAUGUACUUAAUUAUAUUAAAGCUUCCUUACCAAUGGAAGAAGGCAAAAUGUCACAUCUUCCAAAACAAAUGUUAAUAUUAUGAAUACAAUGGAAUAAAAGAAAAAGAAUAUGAGAAAAUUACAUGCUUGGAGACAAAUUUUCAAGAAUCUGAUUACUUAUUAUUUCUGUAAUGGUAAUACAAUUGUGAAAAACAAUUGACAUAGAAAAUCUCCACGACCGUUAACUCAUUUAGCUGGGUCUCAGUGUUGCUAGGUGGGGAAAGUGUAGGUUGUUUAAUAUAAGUAUGUUUGUACAUUUGUGGGACAUUGCAAGCCUUGCAUCACAUAAAACAGUUCAAAAUUUAGGCAAAGAGUUGCCUCCCCCACCCAACCCAUACACUUCAAUUGCCGACGAGAUUUGAUGCCGUUUUCUUUAUAUAGUACAGUAUAUUGUAAUAAAUUCUAUAUUCCUACAUUUGUAGCUUUUCCUCCUUGCCUUGGUAUUGACUAUUCUUAGGUGCCAAAGAAAAGUGUUAUUGUGCAUGCUGUGUAUAUUAGUAGGUUUUUUGAUACAAAUUACAAAUAGUCCCUUAAUUUCUCUGUACAUGGGAUAUUCCUAAAGAUGUUUAAUAUAGACAAAAUCAUCCUGGUAUGUCAUGACAGAAAGAUAAGUAAAAGAAUAGAGUAUGCCAUCUAUAUUAUCUUAUAAUGUCAGGAAAAUGAUAAAUUUCAAUAAAGGAAACUUUCACCUGACUUUAAAUGAGUUUUUAUUGUAUAAAAUUUAAGGCUUACAUUGCAUAUUUUGUUUACUAAAUACUUAAUGAUAUAAUAUAAUUGUGACAAGUAGCUUGUUUAUGUAUGUGGUUCUGCCAACUGUCUUGUUACCGUAAUGGUUGUUAUACAUGUACAGGAAUGUAUUUAUAAACUUAUAUUCAUUUUGAUGUAGAUUUGUCUUGUGUACAAAUUUUGUCUGUAAAUGUGGAUGUAUAAUGUUAUCAUUUGUAAAAUAAAAAAACCCCAAGAAAGUA